AUGUUAGAAUCGGAGAGACUUAGAUGGCUUCGUAAAAAUAAAUCCAAAUUAAGGGUUGGAAAAUAUCACAAUUUGAAUGAGUUAAAAUCAAACAGUGUGACACAAGGCUCAAGCACCGGAAAAAGAGUAGUUUUGCCGUCUUCAUAUGUUGGCAGUCGUAGAUAUAUGGAUCAACUGUAUUUUGACGGAAUGGAAAUUUGCAGCUAUGUUGGUUUUCCUGACCUAUUUAUUACAUUUACAUGUAAUCCAAACUGGCCGGAGAUUCAACGUUAUGUAAGACAAUCAAACUUGAAACCGGCCGAUCGUCCAGACAUUAUUUGUCGAGUAUUUAAAAUGAAGUUUGAUGCGUUAUUGUCCGAUCUAACCAAGAAAUCUGUCAUGGGCAAGGUCCUUGCCUAUAUGUAUACCAUUGAAUUUCAAAAGAAGGGUUUGCCACAUGCUCACAUAAUAAUUUUUCUUCAUCCGACCAGCAAGUAUCCAAAUGCAGAUGAUAUUGAUAAGAUAAUUUCAGCCGAAAUACCUGACGAGAAUUCUGAUCAUGAGCUCUAUAACUUGGUAAAGUCACAUAUGAUACACGGUCCAUGCGGAAGACUUAACCUAAAUGCACCGUGUACAAGGGAUGGGAAAUGUUCCAAGUAUUUUCCAAAGGAAUUCCGUCCUCAAACAAUAGUCGAUCAAGAUGGCUUCCCUGUUUAUCGAAGAAGAGACAAUGGUCACACUGUGUUAAAGAAUGGAAUUCGGUUUGAUAACCGUCACGUUGUACCAUACAAUUCAGGAUUGUUAAAGAAGUUUCGAGGUCACAUAAAUAUGGAGUGGUGCAAUCAAAGUUCUUCGAUAAAGUAUCUGUUUAAAUACAUCAACAAAGGUUACGACAGAAUCACUGCUGCCGUGUUAGGAAUGAUGAGAUAUGUUUCUCCUUGCGAAGCAUGUUGGAGAAUAUUCUCUUUUCCCAUACAUGGAAGAAAACCCGCGGUUGAGAGGUUAUUUUUUCACUGUGAAGGAGAGAAUUCUGUGUUUUACAGAGACAUGGAUCGCUUAGAUACCGUGUUGGAAAAGCCAAGUGUCACAGAAUCAAUGUUUACUGCUUGGUUUGAGGCAAACAAAAAAUAUCCUGAAGCCAAGGAGUUAACAUACAGCAAGUUUGUUGGAAAGUUUGUUUAUGUAAAGAAAAUAAGGGAAUGGAAACCGCGGAAAAAGGGUUAUACAAUUGGUAGAUUGGUAUGGGUUCCUCCAAGCUCGGGUGAGUUGUACUAUCUCAGAAUGAUGUUAACGCAUGUAAAAGGUCCACAGAGUUACGAAGACAUAAAAAUAGUUAACAACAAGAGAUGUAAUUCUUUCCGCGAUGCUUGCUUUGCUAUGGGAUUUAUUGGCGACGAUAGGGAGUACAUCGCUACCAUUGAAGAGGCAAGUCAUUGGGGAUCUGGGCAUUAUUUGAGGUUACUUUUUGUUCAUAUGCUACUAUCAAGCAGCUUGAAUAGACCAACACAUGUUUGGAAAAAAACAUGGCAAUUAUUAUCGGACGGCAUAUUAUAUGAACAAUGUAGAAUCGCAAACAAUAGAGAGUUGAUUUUGUCAAAUGAAGAAUUGGUCAAUUCGACAUUGGUAGAAGUUGAAAAAUUACUUCAAAAGAACAGGAAGAGUUUAUCCGAUUUUGUGGGAAUGCCACAGCCAAAUGGAUAUGUUGUUCAGCAAUUAGGCAACAGGUUGAUUUAUGAUGAACGUAACUACGACAUCAUAGAACAAAGUCAAGAAUACAAUACAUUAUAUCAACAUCUCACAGAUGAACAAAGAACUGUUUUUAACACUAUUAUCGGCGUUGUCAAUAACGAAAGAGGAGGUGUCUUUUUUCUGUACGGCUAUGGCGGCACGGGAAAGACGUACAUUUGGAGGACAUUGGCGUCUUGCAUACGUUCGAGAAAACAGAUUUGCUUGACUGUUGCUUCAUCUGGUAUAGCUUGUCUCUUGCUACCAGGAGGUAGAACAGCACAUUCAAUGUUCAAAAUUCCAAUCCCAACAUUGGAGGAAUCCAUAUUUGACAUCCCAAAGAAUACUGAUCGAGCCGAGUCGCUUCGGUCAGCCAAAUUAAUUAUCUGGGACGAAGCUCCAAUGGCUAACAAGUAUUUUUUUGAAGCACUGGAUAAAAUCCUUAAGGACCUUAUGUCCGACACAAAGCCUUCCAAGUCUAUUUUUGGUGGUAAAGUUGUUGUUUUUGGCGGGGAUUUUCGUCAGAUCCUUCCUGUUAUUCCAAGGGGCAGCCGUUCUGACAUCAUUCACGCGAGCAUCAACUCUUCAUACAUAUUGGAUCACUGCAAAGUUCUCAGACUAACAAAAAACAUGCGUUUGUUGCAAUCCACCACACCUUCAAGUUCAACAGAAUUAGAAGAGUUUUCAGUUGGAUUUUAG